AUGGACGGCGAGAGUAUCGUCAAUCACCUUCAGAAGCGCGAACGCUGUUGGACGAAUCGCCAUGGCCAGCGAUUCUGCGAGUCGGGCUGGUACUACUAUGGACGCUGGGUUCUCGCCGGCGUCGCGCUUUUCGUCUUUUUGCUCGUGCUAUUGAGCUGCUGCUGCCUCGCCCGUCGCCGUCGCAAGCGCGGGACGAAGCCCGUGUACGGCACUGGCUGGAUGGCUCCUCCUCCCAAGUACGGUGCGCACCAGAACGACCACCAACUUGGCCAUGCCGUGCAUGGCUGGGGACACAACCAGGGACAAUGGGCGCAGCCACCUCCACCUGCGUACGGACAGCCUCCUCACCAGCCCCAGAACAGCGGAACUGCAUAUGCUCAGGACGGGUACUAUGGCAACCAGAACUAUCCCGACCAGAAUGGUUUGCAGAGCCCGCCCAACGCGUAUCAGCCUGAGAACCACGUCUACCCGCCGCCGCCUGGCGUCAAAUAG